GUCGACCGUUGGAUGCACUAAAUGCAACAGUAGAAAAUGAACUUGGAAUGAAUAUAAUUACAUUUAAAACUGGUUUAAAAACUAUUGAAUCAAAUUUUAAACUAGCCGAAAAUUGGAUACUGUCACCGG